CUUUCUUUGGCGGUUGAUCUCUUUAGUAAAGGUAUAAUACUUCCUAGGAUCAAAAAAAUAAAUUAAAAUUUAAAUUUACAAUGAGAGCUGUGCACAUUUCUCUAGCGACUUUUGUGCGGUCAAGGCAGAUUUAUAGUCUGAAAGGUAAACUAGCAAUAGUUGCAAUUAUUAUUUUUGUUGUUCUUUUCUUUUGUUGUUUUUUUUUAUUGUUACUAAUUAAACAUAACGUAUAUUUUGUAAAACUGAUAGACCUGAUAAAAAAAAGGAUACUUUCAACAGGAACUAAAUAAAAUAAACCAGGAUUAAAGUAAAGAAACGUUGCGUUUAAAUGUGCAUGGCACCUUACUGUGUCCGUUCAAAAAUGUAUUUAUAAAAUUGAGCAUAUGAUAUUUCACUUCCCUUCUCAUCCUGUAAACAUAAUUAAUUAAUUAUUAACGGACAGUAGACAAAUACUUAAUUAAAUACAACAAUAAUGUAUCAGGUAAAAGAAAGCCGAAUUUCAGUAUGAAAAAAUGUUGUUUUUAGAUAUUUCACUGCGAUGUGACUCAGUAUAAUUCUGUUUAAAAUGUUCUUAAAAUUAAUUAAAAUUGUCCUAGAUUAAUUGAUUGAUGUAAAUAAACUCAUUAGCAUCUUACUUUUCCCCGUUUAUUAAUAGUUAUUACUUUUUUUUUUUUUUAAUGGUUGGGGGGGGGGGUGGUCAUUAAAAAAAGGCACCAGAGGUUAAAUACCUACAAUAAAUGUAAUGAUUUUUUUUUUUACAAUUAAAAAAGCCACCAAUACCUAAUACACGAUGGAUUGUGUGCGUGUGUUAACAAAGACUUUUAUUUGGAAAAGAUUGGUGUACAUCUGUGAACUCAGGAGAAAUAUUAUGAUGGUUGUGAGGUUUGGUAUUUUAUUUUUGGAGUGGUGGGUUAAGAAUCGGAGUUUGGAGUGUGGGGUAGUAUCAAACCGGUAAGGGGAAGGUUUCAGAACGGACGCUAUGUACAUAUGAGGUAAAGCAGGGGGGGGAAUGGUACAUAACAGUAACUGCUGAUCUAUUUAACAUACACUGUUACCCAACUACAUUUAUUGGCUUCAUUAUCUUUUUUUACAACAGGUUUGGCUUUAUUCAUUAACUGAGAUGACAUGCUUGGUAUUCUGGGCGAUUGUUUCAACGUCAAUGACGUCAUUUGGAUUGACAAAUCAAGCGUACAAUCAUAAAGUCUUUAGUUUCGAUGGUGGAAGCGUUCAAAUCACAUUUCGCUGGCAACUGUUUAAAGAGUGAGUGUCUAUUGUAAAUAGAGAUUAAACACAUUCGAGUUCCCAUUCCACGCAGACGAUACAUAAAUAUAUAUAUACCCCAACGACAAUUUGCUUUAAAAUUUUAAUAUAUUAUCAGUGAUGUGCUACAAACAAACAAAAAUGAGAUUAUAAUGUCCUCUUAUCGUAAUGUAACGUUUUCUAUGCUUCAUUAUUUUAAUUUGAUUUGAUUCACUUUCAUAAGAAAUAGAUUUAACAUGCAAACGCUAUCAGUGACAAAAUUCGUACAGAUUAUCAAAAGUGUUUCAAUAAUUUUCAACAAACAUAUGCUUAAAGUAGGGAAAGUAUUUAUAAAAUUGAAAAAGAUGAAUCUUUCAUUUAAACAAUCUAAAAAUCACUAUUGAAAUAAAUGACGCCAUUAAUGAUGUGAAACUCUCUGAUAAAUGAUGGAUAAUUUUUGCGCUUGACAUCUCUGAUAAAUAAUGACUGAUGUUUGCGCUUGACAAUUCUGAUAAAUGAUGGCUGAUGUUUGCGCUUGACAACUCUGAUAAGUGAUGGCUGAUGUUUGCGCUUGACAUCUCUGAUAAAUAAUGACUGAUGUUUGCGCUUGACAAUUCUGAUAAAUGAUGGCUGAUGUUUGCGCUUGACAUCUAUGAUAAGUGAUGGCUGAUAAUAAAUAAUGACUGAUGUUUGCGCUUGACAAUUCUGAUAAAUGUUGGCUGAUGUUUGCGCUUGACAUCUCUGAUAAGUGAUGGCUGAUGUUUGCGCUUGACAUCUCUGAUAAAUAAUGACUGAUGUUUGCGCUUGACAAUUCUGAUAAAUGAUGGCUGAUGUUUGCGCUUGACAUCUCUGAUAAGUGAUGGCUGAUGUUUGCGCUUGACAUCUCUGAUAAAUGAUGGCUGAUGUUUGCGCUUGACAAAAACUCUUUCCUUUAACUAGUUUAAAAAUUGAUGUCUUAAUAGCAAUGUUUAUCCAUAUGCAGAGAUUGAAUAUUUACAAUUAAACAAAGAGACUUUUCCAUUUAUUACAACAAAAUAGAAUACCAUUUAUAAUAAUAAGUUAUACAAACUUUGUAAGAUAAUACAUGCAUGCAUUUUAAACAGUAAUAUUGUCACAUUAUUGACUCCAUCUUAAUUUUCUCUACUAUUAUUUAUUUAGCGAAAUGCGAUGUGUAAGUAAGAUUAAAGCCAAGGCAUGAACAUAAAACAUAAAAUAACAUAAUUUUUAAAAUACUAAAAACUAAUAAAGUAACAAAUUAUAUUACAUGAAUUUCAGCUUUCUGCAUUGCCUGUGUAUUCCUAUGACUGUCCAUUGCACGGCUGUAGCACGCAGACAUGGAAACAUGACAGAAGCGACUGUUAAGUAUAUAACGUACAGUUUUGAAAACAGGUCGUAUGAUAUCAGAACGUGUUCGAUUCUACCGAUUAAAACCAACAGGACAUGGGAACUAACAUGUCGACGUUACCAACGUCAAGAACACUGUCUACAUGUGAGCGUUAAUCCUGAAUUUCUCUCUUGGACCUCUCAGUGUCUUACCAAUGGGGUCCAAAUAUACACCGAGCUCAAUUACACUAGCCUUAUAGGUGAAAUGAUAAAGACUGGAUCAUGUUCUACGGACUUGGCUAGUUCAACAACAACUCCAGGAUCAACAUUCGAGUAUCCAUCUAUAAGCACACACUGUUCACAGGCAUCCGUUAGUACUAUUGCAGCCCGGAAAAUCAAUCACCCAAAUGUCACUGAUGAAUUUGAAAGGUGUCGUGACGUUAAAAACGACUUAUCCCUAACUGAAGCUAACAGUUCAAGUGAGUCAAGUAAAUCACCAGAUACAAACACACCUUUAGUUAUCGGCUUAGUGUUCGGAACAUUGGGAUGUAUCUUAACCGUUGUCAUUACAGCUGUUGUAUUACGCAAAAGAAGGUUGAUGAGUAAAUGUUGUACGUCAGAUGGAGCAGACAACAGCGGGCGCGAGGCUGUUCACGACAAAACGGAACUCCAGUGCACCAGUACGACUGGUGGACUUAGUCAUGACAGGAAUGUAUCUGAUACAGACGCAAUGGAAGCGGGGAAUGACAAUCGUGGCUACACCAUUUAUGAUCAGAAUACAGAACAAGAUUAUGUUAAUACACAGGCGCGAACACUUGAGAACGAUCCACACGUGUAUUUAAACGAGGCGGAAUGUCAGCCAGUUUUUAUGGACAUCAAGGAGAAAGAGGCGCAUUUUUAUGGAAAUCAAUCUGAUCUAACGAGCUCGCAGAUACACUUAAAAGAAGGCUCGUGUAUUGCAGGAUAUUUGAAAGGAAAUGAUUUAAAUAAAUCUGAACUUGCCCCUGUUGCAUUAAAUCGAAAGUCAUCGAAAAUUUUCACAAUCUGCAUUGAUAAUCAACAUCAAAAUUCAGAAUAUAGCACAGCAAACCCAUCGGAGAGAAAUGAUAAGAUGACAUAUAAUGGAAAUAGUGAUCCUGCCAUCUUGAACCCAAAUACAUACUCAAGCCUCGGUCAGCCACUCAAAAACAUCUUGAGUCCAUAUAGCAUGUUGUUAGAUGGCACGAAUGCUGCUCGUGGCUCAGUGGAACCAGAGACAAGCAAUGUCCAAUCGGUCUAUUACAUUCUUGAAGAAUGCUCCUAUAACGAAUGAAUAAAACAACAGUUUCGACCAAAGAAAAUAUGUUUUCAAUCAUAAAUGAGUAACGUAACUUGAUGAAAUGGCUUAUUUACAACACCAACGCAUCUUUACACAUUUUGUUAAAGAUCAACAGAGUCAAACUUUUUUUAUUGUACCAGAUGCAUUCCUGUCACCACUAAGUUCACAAGUCAAAUUGAUGUGUUGGAGUUCCAAUUUUUGAAAUUCACUCUAGUCUUGUUGACGGUGUAGUUCACUUCUUUUUCAAACUUUAAAUAAUGUAUGUAAAAAUACAGCUUUAUUGUGUCGUAAUUUUUUUUUUCAUACGCCAGACAAUUCAUUUAUUUUGUCAAGUUUAAAUGAUAUUUUUAUUCAAAAAAUUCUGUAAAUAUGUGUACUCUUACGUUUGUAAGAACAGCGGCAACAAUUCUUACUUUCUCAAUUUACUUAAGGGAAGAGAUUUGGAAAUAUGACAACUGAAUUUUUUAAAUGCAUUCUUUAAAGUGACAUUCAAAUUAGGGUACAUUUUAUUGUGAAUUAUUUCAUACGCUAAUUAUAGUUUAUGCACCUCUUCCUAUAUUUAACAAACAUAUUGUGGAGGCGUUGCGUUCGCUAGUAUACAAUAAUACAAUAAUAUAUCUUGUUUUCAUUUCAGUUUCUUAAUAUGAUAGCACAUUUUGCUGAAAACAAACAUUUGUAGUUUGUACUUAAAACUAUUUUUUUUUAAAAAUAUAUUAAAUGCAAGUCUGUUGCUAACUAAAAAUCUUACGUUAAGUAUGCACGUUAAUCUUAUCAUUAGAAGCUUAAGUUGUGAUAAAAACUUAAUAGAAUACCGUCUAUGUCCAAUGUAAAACCAAGCCAACUUCACUAGAAUAAUUUAAGAUAAUCAUUGAGUAUGAACAUUUUGACUUGUACAAAAAUAAAUAUAUAUACUAAAUUAAAAGAAACAAUUAUUAUGUUAUGAAUAUAUCUUUUAUCCUUUCAACAUGUUGUUUAUAGAAUAAAUUGGCUUCUUUAUAUAGGCUUUU